AUGGCCAUUAUCGAAGAUCUCGGCCUGGAGGUCAAGAUCGUCGUCAAUGACUCCCCCUUGCAGGAAUACGAGGACAAGGAGCAGGAGCCCACGAAUGAUGGCUUCGGCGACGAAAUCCGCAAGUACCGAAGCUAUGUGGAGGUGAUGGACAAUGCGGAAUUCGCUGUGCUGUUGCGUGCCACCUCAAACAAUGAGUAUCUCAGCGCCACGAAGGCGGGAUUCAUGUUCGCUAUUGACUUGGAUGGACAAAACAGAAUUGAGAACCUCUGGUUGCACUCAGAGCAUCUCACGUCACUGGUCAAAGGCAAAUAUGAGAACGAUGGCCAAGAGACGACGCUCCGCAGGUUCCGGUUCACAGCCGUGUCCCCUGUCCCGUGUGACGCUCUUAUCAGGGAGAUCGGCUUCCGGUAUGUGGACCCUGUCAAGGUUCCGCUCGCCAUCUUCUACUUCAAGUACCGGUCCAGAGCUAUUCUUCAGCAAGAGCUGGUCAUUCCCGGAGAGCCCUCUCCAGUCGACGUUGACAUCGACAGCCUGUCCCUUAGAGAGAUCCGCCGACUGGCAAAAGAAGGAAAUAGUGCCUCCUCGGAAGUCGCCAACAAACGUGACUCCUCACGAGGAGCUGUCAAACGGGAGCCUGGCGAGGACCAAAUAGCCCCGCGACCAAGGAAGAUCGUGAAGAUGAGCAACGGAAGGGAGGCUGUUGAUCUCACGGAAGAUGACUGA